AAUUGUAAACAAGCUGUUUGCACGAGGACCGUUUGCAUGAGCACAGGCCGAAAAGAUCGACGACUGCAUUUCAGGUUGAAUGUCUCUACAUAACUGUUAUACUGUGCGCAGCAAGACUAUGAACAGCAAGUAGCCCCUCAGCACCACAGAACAAGCUUUUACAAAAGUUGCACAUAUACUUUCAUUUGACUUUUGUGUGAUGGGACUCUCUGAGAUACUAUCUUUUGGACGUGAAAUGUACCGAAGGCAUUCCAAUGAAAUAUAAACAAUGCACCAUCAAAUAAUUCCUUCAUACUCAUGCACCUUUUAUAAAUGCAUCAUAAAACCAAAGACAAACAUUAGUUCUGUUGUGUCUGUAAUUUGCUGGUAGUUUUGAAAGAACAUCUGAAAAUUACUCUCGUGACAUGGAAGAAAAAGACAACGCCAAGUGUGAUGUCUGUGGUGGAAUGUUUGGGAGCAAACAUAUCUUGAGCCACCAACAUACACAUACAAAAGAGAAGCCACACACGUGUGACGUCUGUGGUAAGGGUUUUAGUCGACCAUCUUACCUACACAAACAUACCAAAACACAUAAGGGAGCAAAGCCUCACAAGUGUGAUGUCUGUGGUAAGGAAUUUAAUCAGGCAUCAAACCUUCGAAGACAUGUAAGGAUACACACCGGAGAAAAGCCUUACAAAUGUGAUGUUUGUGAUAAGAGGUUUAGUGAUUCGUCUGUCUUACAGAAACAUGUAAGGACACAUAUGGAGAUUAAGCCCUACAAAUGUGAUAUAUGCGGAAGGGAAUUUAAUAGGAAUGGCCAACUAAAAUCACAUAUCAGGACUCAUUCAGAUAAUAACACUCUCGCGGAUGAUAAAUGUGGGGACAAAGUGAAUAGUUUAUCUGACAAACAGAAACGUACGAUGUCAUACGCAGGAGCAAAACCUUGCAAGUGUGAUAUUUGUGAUAAAACAUUUAAUUCAAGAGAACACUUAAAGCUUCAUAUCAGAACACAUACAGGGGAAAAGCCUCACAAGUGUGAUCUCUGUGGUAAGGAAUUUAAUCAGGCAUCUAACCUUCGAAGACAUAUAAGGACACACACAGGAGAAAAACCCUACAAGUGUGAUGUCUGCAGUAAGAGUUUUAGUGAUUCAACUAUUCUACAGAGACAUGUAAGGACACAUACCGGAGACAAGCCUUACAAAUGUGAUAUUUGUGGAAGGGAAUUUAGUAGGAAUGACCAACUAAAAUUACAUAUCAUGACUCAUACAGAUAAUAACACUCUCGCGGAUGAUAUAUGUGGGGACAAAGUGAAUAGUUUAUCUGACAAACAGAAACGUUUGAUGUCAUACGCAGGAGCAAAACCUUACAAGUGUGAUAUUUGUGGUAAGGAGUUUACUACUAGGGAACACCGAACGGUACAUAUCAGGAUACAUACAGGCGAGGAGCCUUUCAUGUGUGACAUUUGUGGUAAGGGGUUUAAUCAGGCAUCAAACCUUAAGAGGCAUGCAAGAAUACACUCCAGCGAAAAGCCCUACAAGUGUGAUCUCUGCAGUAAAAGGUUUAGUGAUUCAUCUACGCUACAGAGACAUUUCAGGACACAUACCGGAGAGAGGCCUUUCAAGUGUGAUCUCUGUAGAAAAGAAUUCACUCAAUCCCAUACUCUACAAUUACAUAUACUAACACAUACUGGAGAAAAACCUUACAAAUGUGAUGUCUGUAGUAGGGAAUUUAAUAGGGCCCACGAACUGAAAUCACAUAUCAAGUCACAUGCUGAAGGGAAACUUUCUAUGUGUGACCUGUGUGGUAAGGGAUUUAGUGAUUCAGUUAGCCUACAAAAGCAUUUUGGGACACAUACAAGAGAGAAGUCUUACAAGUGUGACGUCUGUGGAAAGGUGUUUAACCAGGUAUCUAAAAUGCAAACACAUUUUAUGAUACAUACUAAAGAAAAGCCUUUCAAAUGUGAAGACUGUGGUAAGGUGUUUAAUCAGGCAUCUCACCUACGAAGACAUGCGAGGAUACACUCCGGAGAAAAGCCCUACAAGUGUGAUCUCUGCAGUAAAAGGUUUAGCGAUUCAUCUACGCUACAGAGACAUUUCAGGACACAUACCGGAGAGAGGCCUUUCAAAUGUGAUCUCUGUAGAAAAGAAUUCACUCAAUCCGCUGCCCUACAGUUGCAUAUACUAAAACAUACUGGAGAAAAACCUUACAAAUGUGAUGUCUGUAGUAGGGAAUUUAAUAGGGCCCACGAACUGAAAUCACAUAUCAAGUCACAUGCUGAAGGGAAACUUUCUAUGUGUGACCUGUGUGGUAAGGGAUUUAGUGAUUCAGUUAGCCUACAAAAACAUUUUGGGACACAUACAAGAGAGAAGUCUUACAAGUGUGACGUCUGUGGAAAGGAGUUUAACCAUGCAUCUAAAAUGCAAACACAUUUCAUGAUACAUACUAAAGAAAAGCCUUUCAAGUGUGAAGACUGUGGUAAGGGGUUUAAUCAGGCAUCUCACCUACGAAGACAUGUGAGGAUACACUCCGGAGAAAAGCCUUACAAGUGUGAUGUCUGCAGUAAGAGUUUUAGUGAUUCAACCACUCUUCAGAGACAUUUAAGGACACACAUGGAGAAGAAGCCCUACAAAUGUGAUAUAUGUGGAAAGGAGUUUAAUAGGAAUGACCACCUAAAAUCACAUAUCAGGAUUCAUACACACGAGAACACAGGGAAAGAAUUUGAUUAUUCAUCUGACAUACAUUUCCGGUCAUAUGCUGGAGAGAAACCAUACAAGUGUGAUAUUUGUGGUAAGGAGUUUACUACUAGGGAACACCGAACGGUACAUAAUAGAAUACAUACAGGCGAUGAGCCUUUCACGUGUGACAUUUGUGGUAAGGGGUUUAAUCAGGCAUCAAACCUUAAGAGGCAUGCGAGAAUACACUCUGGAGAAAAGCCAUACCAGUGUGAUGUCUGCAGUAAAAGGUUUAGUGAUUCGUCUAUUCUACAGAAACAUUCCAGGACACAUACCAAAGAGACGCCCUAAAAUGGAAUGUCUGAGGUAAAGGUUUCGUUCAUCACCUAAGGUUAUACUUCGGGAAACCUGGAAGAGACACUCUUUACAGAAGUUAUGUCUGUGGUAAAAUUGUAUAGACAAGCAUCCCUUCCAGACACAUCUCUGCAGCUGCAUUAGGAGUUUUAAUUUAUAACUGUUAGGUCUAAUGUUAAUCUCCUUUACCUAGGAGAGACUCCCAACAUACGUUUAUCAGAAAACAUACAGCAGGGAUACCUUGCAGUCUUUAUAUCUGUUGUAAAAAGUAAAACAGAAUAACCUGCAAGUCAGCACACAUAACGGAUCGUAUUUUUAAAGUUGCGAUGUCUGUGGUCAGGUCAUUCAUCUACGUUACAAACACUUCCAACCAAUAGUAACUACGAGGGAUAACCCCUACAGCCAUGAUGUCAGUAAAGGAUUUAGCCAUCGUAUCUACAGACACAUCUCGGAACAUAAACAAUGGACAAUUUACGAGUGUUAUGUUUGCGGUAGUACCUUUUGUUAAUGACGUCGACAGCAUAAUACUUAUCAUAUACAACAUUUGAUACAUACAUGCGGGUAUAAGAGAAGCAUACACGUUUAUUACCAUACCUCAUGUUUAGCUCACCUGUCCCGAAGGUUUCUUGUACUCCUUCGAUAAACCUGUAUGGUACUCAGAAGGUUUUAAAUAGAAAUCAAAAUACCAGGUGAGCUAUUAAGGCCCCUAGGCCUCGUGUUAUAAUAGCGUGUCUGAUUGGACGAUACUGGUCACAUGACGGGUCAUAUUUCCCUUAUUUGAAUAAUCUCUAUAAAAAUCGGCAUGACGGAAGCAGACGACAACAGUGGCGCGUCAACCUGCUCAUCUUUACUAUCGUGUUAUUGUUUUGGAUUUUUCGACACAAUAAAAUAUAUAUUGCCCUUGCAGUAGGGAACCACAAUUCUUGUAUACUCCUCGAUUAAUUAUGUUUCACAUGGGCUUGGCCCUCGUGAAACAUGAUUAACCUCGGAGAAACAAAGAAUCGUAUGUUCCGGUCCUUCAGUAAGGUAAUAAAUGUGUAAUAUUGUAUUACCGUGUACAAAUAAUCUGUCUAUAGAAAGUGUCUAUAUGUGGCGUUGUUAUGAGAUAUAUUGUAUCAUCAUCUAUAUACUACUUUAUACCACCUACCGGUAGCAUGAUACGUUAUUAUGAUGGGUUGUCGGUAUGACACAAAAUCAAGAAGAAGCUGAGUACCACUUGAGAAGAACUUUUGAAUGGUCUUUCCCAUUUGGGAACGUACUUUCUAGAAAAUAUGAACGUCUGCUCACGCCAGGUGACGUCCUGAACCGGAAUAAUAUCCACACAAAGGUAUUCAGCGUAUGUUAGUAGUCCGUCUUAAACAAUCAAUAUACAGUUUGGGAGACAAAUUGUGAGAAUAGCAACACCAUUUUAAGUGUAUAUACGAAUAUCGAUAACCCUAUGCAAUAAUAUUGUUUUAAAAAUAUUUUUUUCUACAUAGUUUAAAGGUUCAUGGUAUUCCUCCGCCCAAAUAUUCUACUAGUUUACGUUUGUCAUAGACCGAUGAUUCGCGAUUGAUGAUCAUUGAACUUACAAGUCAUUUGGAAAUAUGAUGUUUAGUUGAUUUUUUACGAAUGGAGACAUAUUGUAAGGUAGUAGUAUUUAGAUGAUAGUUUAUCACACAGUAUUGUCAAGGUUUGCCGUAAGAACAAUACUCUCGUCGCGGGCACAUGAACGAAAUCUCGAGUCAUGACUUCUUGAUGUUAUUCACUUGCUCGCGAGAAAAUUGUUUUCUCAACAAACCCUAAAGAUAAUGUGAGAAUCCAUAAUUCUACUAAAGAACACAUAAAUAAUCUCGAUAUUACGAUAACGACAGCAGAUGUUUGUACUGUUAACAUGUAAGCGGUAUUCUGUAUAAAGCGCGUCUCACAUUCUCUCCGAUGUCGUCAUAUAUCAACAGCUGCAAUGAAAUAAAGAAGAUCAUGUUUUCUGAAAUAUCUUUUUUGAUUGAAGGCUUUUAUGUGCGUGUUUAUGAGUACCUAAGGGAUCGGAUUGUUUUUGAGCGGUAAACAAAAUGAUACCAAAAUAUAAAAAUAGAUUUCAGUAUGUAGCAAGAGACUUUAUCACAUAAUGUACUGUGUUAUCUAGUGAAUAUACCUAUGUCAUUUUUUUGCGUAUUAACCAUGUAAUAUGACCAAUUAGCCCUGUGAUUGGUUGAAAGUUCCAAUUGUUUCGUCACG